CACAGAACCUAUCCUACCAACAGAGGGCCAUCGGGGACACCCAUGACAACCUAAUGCCCUGAAGUAACGUCCUCAUUUGCCAGGACACCCCUCUCACUUCUUGAAUGCUUGAACUCAAGACAGGGCUACUAGCUUUGGGUCCAGAGCCAUAACUUGAGAAGAUAAAAAGGGAGGCAAUGACCACAUUCAUUUAAUGCUCAGCUAAGAGAUCUGGUUGAACCUAAAUUCAAAUGCCAACUGGGGAUUAAAUGGAAUCACUUUUUUAGGCACUGAAGUAACUUAAGCAUUCUGACAUUGUUGGCUAGCAGUUUUCUUAGACCUAAUUCAGAUCAUGAAGCAACUAUGGGCUUAAUGCUUUGUGCUGUGUCAUAAUGCAAAAUGGCUAUGCCACAGAAGCAAGGGCACUAACCUAUUACUGUGAGACCUGUCCUGGAGAGGUCAGCAACCUGUGAUUGCCAGAAAUUCAUCUCACCAUUACAGUGCACACCCUACAGCAAGCCUGUCUGAGCUCAUCACUCACCUCUGCAGUUGACUGCUUCUAUGGACUGGAGGUUGUUUUCUGCUGAGAAAGUCAUUCAUACGGACUGUGCUCUCCCCAACCCCAGCUGGAGCAAGGACUUAAAACUCCUUUUUGACCAGUUUAUGAAGAAAUGUGAAGAUGGUUCCUGGGAACGUUUGCCUUCAUAUCGACAUAGAUCUACUCAAAUUAGUGAAGACUUCAAGACCUAUUUCCUUGAACAAAAGCCUGUGAAAGAAGGACGACUAUCACAGGUCCGGCUCUUCACCAGAGGCUUUGAGGAUGGCCUGGGCUUUGAAUAUGUGAUAUUCAAAAAUAAUGAUGAGAAAAGGACAGUUUGCUUGUUUCAAGGAGGUCCUUAUCUGCAAGGAAUACCUGGAUUCCUUCAUGGAGGUGCCAUUGCAACAAUAAUAGAUACUGCUCUUGGUUUGUGUGCAACUGUACCUGGCGAAGCUGUCAUGACUGCAAAUCUCAACAUCAAUUUUAAAAGACCUGUCCCUCUUUGUUCUGUUGUUGUGAUAAAUAGCCAACUUGAUAAACUUGAGGGGAGGAAAUUGUUUGUUUCCUGUAAUGUUCAAAGUGUUGAUGAGAAGACUCUAUACUCAGAGGCAACAGGUUUAUUUAUAAAGCUGGAUCCUGAAAAAAAGAGCUUCUAGUGAACAGAGCUUCUUUUAACAUAAAAGAGCUUCUGGUGAAUUCCAUACCCAUCUGCGUAAGGCACUGCUCUUGUCAUCCACUGUUGAAUCCCCAUGAGGCAAAACCUGCUAACACGGACUUUCCUAAAUAAGUCUUUUGAAUUCAAUUCCAGGAGCUCCAUUUCCACCUUCCAAACUUUUUUAACACAGAGACACUCCCUGUGAGAGUAUCAGCAAUUCUUUCUGUCUCCUUAGGAUGAGUGUCUGGUUCUCCUAAAAUCUGAAUGGGCUCCUUAAGGUUGCUCAGGCGUCAUGUCUGAUCCAUUGCAGACUGGAGGAAAAAUUCAUACUGAAACUUUUACCCCAAACUUGGAAAUGCCAGAAAACUGUAGAAAGGAAUAAAUAUGUGGGUACAUGUC